AAAAUCAGACGCUUAUAUUUCCUGCCAACCAUUUCAAAAAGAGCUAUUGCAUUUACAUGUAGUAUGACCACAGAUUUCUUCACGACGCAAUGUUGAGCUUGACCCGCCAGCCCAGGCUUGCACUGGCACGGCUUCAUCAAGUCUCCUGCUGUGUUUCUACCUCGGGAACAGGGGAUCAGACAUCUCCUACAUCACCUGGCCCAAGAAAGCCUAGCAAACGUCGAACUACCCCAAGCUCGAAAGCAGCAGCAACACGUGCCAAAUUCCCUCUUCCUAAGUGGACUCCACCGAAAGGUGCAGAUACAGGCGUAGUGAUUCGAAAUGCUUUGACGAAAACAUUGGUUCCUCUGCGUGCAGAGCCUUUCAAACCAUUAUCUUGGUACAUGUGCGGACCAACAGUGUACGACUCAACCCACAUCGGCCAUGCACACUGUUACAUGAAGUUUGACAUUAUUCGAAAGAUCCUGAAGAACUUCUUCAAUGUGCGCGUGCGUCUGGUCGUGAACAUCACCGACGUGGAUGACAAGGUGAUCCUGCGUAGUGAGCAGCUGGGAGUGCCGGUAGCAGAGCUGACUAGAAAGUAUGAGACUGAGUUCCUGGACUCCUUAGAUCGUCUCAAGAUUGAGCGUGCCACUGCUUACAUUCGCGUGACAGAUCACAUUCCGGCCAUAGCAGAUUAUAUUCAGGUUCUUGUGAAUAAGGGUUACGCUUACCAUUCCCAAACUGGCGACGUCAACUUCGAUUCUAUAAAAUUCCGUGAUGAACGUCAUGCUGGCAAGCUGGAGCCAAAGAAAUUCAAGGGGUCGGAAAGAACAACACCAGCCGCAGGCAAGCGGCAUGCGGCUGACUUUGCCCUGUGGAAGCAUAGCAAGCCACACGAGCUUGGCUGGGACGUGGAGUGGACCGGCGUGGGUCUAAGACGGGGCAGGCCUGGUUGGCACAUUGAGUGCUCCACACUGGCCAAAAUUGCGUUUGGCGACCACGUGGACAUCCACACUGGUGGUGCUGACCUGCGGUUUCCACAUCAUGAGAACGAGAUAGUGCAGAGCGAGGCCUAUCACGACACAGAUCAGUGGGUUGACUACUUCAUGCAUUGCGGUACAUUGCGCAUAGACGGCUCUAAGAUGUCCAAGUCACUGGGAAAUUUCAUCACAGUAGAUGAGUUCUUGGCUAAGCACUCGCCGGACAAGUUCAGGAUGAUUUGCUGCAUGAGUCAGUACCACCGAGACUGUGAGUAUGACCAACAGACACUGGAAACGGCUUCCACCCGCCUUGCCACCCUUGCCAACUUCAACUCAGCUGUGCUGGCCUAUGUAGAAGGCAAAUCAAUGAGCACGGUGCCGACCAAGCGCAUCCUAUCCAAGCUGGCUUCAACAGAAAACAAAGUCCUGAAGGCUCUGGGGAAAAACUUUUCUGUGCAAAAGGCAAUAUCAGAAUUGUUGGCGCUGGCAACUUUUGUGGAAGCAGAGCUAGCCGAUGGCAAUGUUGCUGAGUCGCUCAAGAAGCCGCGCGAUGGCAGGCGCUCCGGAGCAGUGCUAGCGGUGCAUACCUUCAUCCGACACACACUGCAGAACAUGGGCUUUGAAGUAGCCUUCAUGCAGCUUGGUAUUCAGGCAAGUGGAGCUGACAGCGGCAAUGUCCCAACGGAGCAUGUUCUGCGGAAAGCCAUCGACGAGUUCAUGGCGUUCCGUGCUGUCGUACGCGAUCUGUCCAUCGGCCGAGUGUCCAAUCUCGACGGCCUCUCUGAUCUACUAGCGGCGCAUCAUGGCGACGCGAAGACUGAGAAGCAGUUGCGCAAGGAAUACACGCGUAUCACCGCACCCUUCCUUGAGGCGUCCGAUGAGCUGCGAGCUGACCUGAUGCAGAAAGGUGUCGAGAUCAAGGACCGCGGUGUAGAGUCAAGCUGGGACCUGCUUCAAAAGUGAUGGUCUUUUGUGUAUUAGGUGAGCCGGAGCCAGAAGUAAGUGGUCUUAGCGGCUAUACCCAGCAGUACUGCAAGCGAUAGAGAUUGCAGGUUUUGUUUCUCUUGUAUGUAUGCCGAUAAUUUUUACUCACUGCCUGUACAAAUGAGCCGAGCAAGUGCUGAUAUCCUUUCUUAGGGGUUUGCCCCACCGUACAGAGUACUAUAAUCGUUGUCACAAGGCUCGGUGUACACACAGAACUGCCGAAUUGCCUCUGUUCUUGUCUUUGUUCUCGUAUCUGCGUUUUAUCAGACUCAAGUUCACUCCUUUUUAUAGAUUUCACUGGCUGCUGGUCAGCCGUGCUGCUCAUAUAUGCCUAUGCUGGCUCAUGGCUAGUGUAAGUGGUGCCUUGAGCCACUCUUAGUGUGUGUGCGUGUGUGUGUGUGUGUGUGUGUGUGUGUGUGUGUGUGUGUGUGUGCGCGCGCGCGUGUGGACGUGUGUGUGUGUGUGUCUUGCCUUGACAGUCAUGAUGUAGUACUAAUAGUCUAGUUACAUUACCUCUACAAACGUUGCAUGCGUGUUUAUUUUACCCAUCCGGUACCAUGCUGAAUGAGCAAGUCACCUUUAUCAAUGUUUUUUUACUAUUUUUGCCAGUCCAUAAGAGUUUUUGGUUGGAUAUGAUCUGUUAUGUUUGGCGUCUGGAUCUUCUUUGUACAUAGCUGUAAUGCUUUGAAGUAAAUGAGCUUAUGUGGCUACCACCAAGUAAAGGUGGUUGCUUGCCAAAUAUGAAACAUGAAAUGAAGUACCAAACAACUUUCUCCAUA